CCUCUUACCAAUCCACAUUCGUCAUUGUAUUUCUGUAAACACAUUUACGUACAUGCGCCUGAAUACAUGGCACGGCAAAUUCUCUUCGCGGUUCCAUUCGCUGUACUUCUGUUAAUUGGUGGUGAAUCGGCAACAUUCACAAUCACAAACAACUGUCCCAUGACAAUCUGGCCAGCUGCAUUCAGCAAUAAGGAAUCACCGCCCUCAAAAACAGGGUUCGAACUAGCUUCACAGGCAUCAGAUACUAUCGACAUUCCAUCAACAGCAAAAACUUCCGGAAGAAUAUGGGCUAGAACAUACUGCACUGCCACUUGCCGUACAGGAGAGUGUGGCCAUGGUGGGGGAGCCUGCAGUGGAGCCACCGGUGUUCCACCAGCAACACUAGCUGAAUUUACAUUAAACGACAACGGUGGACUGGAUACCUACGACAUCAGUAAUGUUGAUGGUUUUAACUUGCGUGUUAGUCUAGCACCUGAAAACCAAGCAUGUUUCACCGCCAGCUGCUCCGGUGAUAUCAAUGCAGACUGUCCUGCAGAUAGGGCAAUAAAAGUUCCAAGUGGUAGUGACACAGUGGGAUGCCUUAGCGAUUGUGCGGCCUUAAAUAGACCAGAAGAUUGUUGCACUGGUGCAUUUAGCACUCCAGGCACAUGCCAACCAUCAAAGUCGGCCAUAUACUUCAAAGAAAAGUGUCCACAGGCUUAUGGCUACGCUUACCAUGAUCAAACUAGCACCUUCACUUGCUCUACUGGAACUAACUACAGAAUCACAUUCUGUCCUUGACAAGUACUGCUCAAAGUAGAUUGAUGCGGUAUUAUAUAUCUCGCAGACUGGUUAAGUUGCGCUCCCUUUAUAGGUACUACACAAUAAGAGACCAAUAGUAUUGAAAGAGUGAUGUACUUACAACACUUAACCUUUGCCGUAUUGUCUCGAUUAUAAUUUGUAAUGAUUUCUCUCUUUGAUUGUGUAAUAUAUAUAUUUAUAUGUUUUUUUUA